AAAAGAAUUGUCUAAAUAUCCGGGUGUUUGAUCAUUGGUCAGAUGAUACGCGUCAGGAUGCGUGGUUCACUGCCUCCUCUAUACAUACCGUUCUUGAAAAUCUUGAACCAAAACCUAAAUGGAUAUCAAUUUUGUCUGAUAAUGGAAUGCAUUAUCAUUGUACAGAAUUGAUGCUUAUUAUAGGUCACUUGAAAGAAUGGUAUGAUGUUAUUCCACGACAAUGGCUCUUUUUGGAGGCAGGGGAGGCCAAAACGGCAAUUGAUUCCCAUCACGCCCAAAUUGUACAAGCAAUAAAACGGUAUAUUAAACUGGGAUUUGAGGUGGAGAAUGGAGAAGAUAUUGAGAAUGCCAUUCGGGAUAUUGCAGGUACACAUGUGGCAAAUUUGAAUCCAGAUCGAAAUACAGAUAAAGAAAAAUUAGGCACCAUAACAGGAAUUUCAAAUUUUCAAGAGUGGACUUGGCCCCAAGAGGACGAAAAAAAUGGAUAUAUUUAUGCUCGUGCUCUAGCAGGGAUUGGUAACUGGAAGGAAUAUUCACCUGAUAAAAUAGAGAAAGUUAUGAAAAAACGAAAAUUUCAAAGGCCAGAUCCAAGUUAUACUCAACAUACAGAACCAAGUAAACUAUGGACUAUGCCAAUUGUAGAUAAACCCGUAUGUAUAAAUAUCCCAUAUAAUAGUGAUAUAAUUGCCUAUUCUGUCCUAAUAUCAAUAAUAUUGUCAGGAUACAACGAUAGUUGAUAUGAAUAACCAAGGAGGCGUUAAUCAUGAACCUGUUCAAUAUAGCUCACAAAGUCAUAGGUUUUUUUUCUCGGGUUGGGCUUUAAAAGAAAAUGAGAAAACUAAGUCGCGUGAGCCAGCAAAAAGAAUGACCGCAGAAGUCAAACGAUUAUUAGAAAUAAUGUUUCAUACAGGAACGGCAAAUCCGCGCCAAAAAAUGAAUGCACAACAAAUGCAUGAGGAAUUAUUGCAGCGAGUACAUCAAGGUGAAUUAUGUGAAGAAGACGUGCCUGAAGUCUCAACAAUCCAAAAUUGGAUUUCAGGCUUUUCACGAAGGUGGAAAGAGGCAAUGGCACUUCGUUC